GACGGCCCGGGCGAAGCCCUCCCUUGUUCGGCAGCGCACGCCCCGCCCGAGCUCGCUCCGAAGUUUUUAAACGGGAUGAAAUCUGGAAUCGUCUGAAGUGCGCGAACGCAAUGCAGUUGGGGUGCUAGGGGGUGCCAAACGGUGGAAGCACGCCUCCUGCGCAUUUGCCGCCGGCCCGCGCCGGACGAGGGGAAGCAACGGCACCGGACUGGCGUCGUACUACGGCAAGAAGUUGCUUCUUGAACCAUGAAGAAAUUCUCACGCAUCUCGAAGCCUGAGGGAGCGGGAUAUGUUGGUGCUGGAGGCGGAGGCGGAGGCGGAGGCGGCUCGGCGGGGAGCACCGGCAACUACGUGGGCAGGGUGUUCAGCGUGGGACGUUACCAGGUGACCGUGGAGGAGUUGAUCGCCGAAGGUGGAUUUUCUAUUGUGUUCUUAGUUCGAACUCAUGGCGGUGUUCGCUGUGCCCUGAAGCGCAUGUAUGUUAACGAUGCACACGACUUGAAUGUCUGUAAAAGAGAAGUUACUAUUAUGAAAGAGCUUUCAGGCCAUAAAAAUAUUGUGGGUUAUUUGGAUUGUGGAAUUACGUCAAUUGGAGAUAACGUCUGGGAAGUGCUUAUUCUAAUGGAAUACUGCAGAGCGGGUCAAGUAGUGAACCAAAUGAACCAGAGACUGCAGAAAGGUUUUACUGAAAAUGAAAUUCUGCAAAUUUUCUGUGAUACCUGUGAAGCUGUUGCAAGGCUACACCAGUGCAAAACCCCAAUCAUCCAUAGGGAUCUAAAGGUUGAAAAUAUUUUGCUAAAUAAUGAUGGAAAUUUUGUCCUGUGUGAUUUUGGAAGUGCAACUCAUAAAAUCCUCAAUCCUCAAGUACAUGGUGUCAGUUCCGUAGAGGAUGAAAUCAAAAAAUAUACAACGUUAUCUUAUAGAGCUCCUGAAAUGAUUAAUCUUUAUGGUGGGAAUGCAAUCACAACAAAGGCUGAUAUAUGGGCACUUGGAUGCUUACUCUACAAACUUUGUUUCUUCACUCUACCCUUUGGAGAAAGUCAGGUUGCAAUCUGUGAUGGGAAUUUUACAGUGCCAGACACCUCUAAGUACUCUCAGAAAUUGCACAGUUUAAUACGUUAUAUGCUCGAACCAUGCCCAGACAAGAGACCUGAUAUUUACCAAGUUUCAGAUUUUGCUUUUAAAUUGAUUGGGAAAGCAUGUCCCCUGCCAAAUAUAAAUAAUGCUUCAAUUCCUACAGUAUUCCCUGAACCCAUGACUGCCAGUGAAGCAGCUGCCAAGAAAAGUCAAACGAAAGCUAGACUAAGUGAGGCAGUAGGACCAACAGAGACAUCAAUAGCACCAAGGCGAAGACCAAAAGCCAACACCAGUGCUGUAAAUGCCAGUGUUUUACCAAUUCAGAGCACGGUAACUCCAUUAAAAAGAUCAAUUUCAAGUGACUCUGGAAAUCCUGGACUAAAAGCUGUUACACUAGCUGGAAAUGGACAUUUAAUCCAUAUGGCUCAGGGGACCAGUCUUCAGCAGAUACAGCAGGGAGACUUGAAGCAUCACCAUCUUCAACAGUUACAGCAACAACAGCAACACAUUAGUCAGGCCCAAAAGUAUCAACAGGCUUUGCAGUCAUCAGUACAUCAGCAGCAGUUACAACAGCAUCAACUAAUACAGCCAAUGUAUUAUCAACAACAGUUGCCUCACUACUCCAUGGUACAGCAGUACCCACAGGCUUUUGUGCAAUCUCAGGUUGCUGUGCACCAGCAUCCACAGUUUCAGCCAUCACCACAUGAAUGCCAAGCUCCUUUAAGACCUUUCGUUUCUCCAACCUCCCCAACUUCUCAUCAAACUGCCGGCCAUCAUAGGAUUCAGAAUGAUGUCUCAUAUGGUGCAACGUUUGUGGUCACUGGAAUUAGUUCGAUGCAGCCUGUUGGACUAAUGACAGAACCUGCCAACAAUUCACUUAGGCCACCAUGUUUAGAUUUAGAUGGAGUUUCCAAAUAUUCUCCACAAAAUAUCAGUAAUCCUCCUGACAUGUCUGGAUGGAAUCCUUUUGGAGAGGACAACUUCUCAAAGUUAACUGAAGAAGAAUUACUUGAUCGGGAAUUUGAUCAGCUUAGAUCAUGUAAACCAGAGCAGAGAGGAACAAGCAUAGAGAACGAGACUGAACCACGUUCCAUUCAGCAAACUCCAGUUAAGGAAGACUUGUUUGGAUGUGUUCCAUUCGUUUCACAAACAGGAACAAGUGCAAGAAGUGAAGAAAAUGUGGAAAAUUCAGGCAGUGCAUUUAAAUCCCGAACACAAGGUUAUAUACUUCCACUCAGCGACCAGAGCAAAGAGGAGAAAAAUGACCCAAGUAUCUUGCAGAACAAAAAAAAUGGAGAAGACUCAGAUAGCGAUUUUGAAUCUGACCCACCUUCUCCUCAGAGCAGUGAAGAGGAAGAACAAGAGGAGGAUGAGUUCCACAGUGAACACGGAGAGUUCAAUGAUCUAGAACCAGAAACAUUUGGACAGAGGCCACUGUUAAUGGAAUCUGAUGAAGAUGAAGCGGGUGAAGAAGAAAAGCAUAGCUCUGAUUCUGAUUUUGAUCAGAAUAGAGAAAGAUCUUCGGUAACAGAGCAAGGAUCAGAAUACAAUGCUGAUGGUGAAAGUAUUGCAAGUUUAGAGUCGGCAGCAGCACUCAUCACCCCUCCAGACUCGCCUCGAAUCAAAGGUGUCAAAACACAAGAUGAAGUAGAUAUGUUUGGUGCGGUGCCAUUUGUGGGUUUGCAGCAGCAUAUGCAACUUGAUAAAAUAAUGCAGAAUAAAGAGAGUAUUCCAAAAGCAUCCUUCAAAACAAUUGCUGUUAAGGAGCAGGAAGAGUUUGAUGUAUUUAGCAAUGCACCGUUUACCAGAAAAUUACCUCAUCCUAUUUACUGUGUUGAAAGUACUCUGACACAAACACCACCUGUUUCGCCUAAUGAUGUGGACAUGUUUGGAUCUACCCCAUUUCAGCCACAUCAGCCUGCUCAGCAUAGAGAGGAGAGCAAAGAGGAUGCUUUUGGACAUGUUCCUUUUGAGGGGGUCACCACUCAGCAGCACAGAUUAAAGCAGCGCAGUUUACAGAAACUUUCUUCUCGACAACGUCGCACCAAACAGGAAGCUUCUAAUGGCAAUGGAAAACGCCACCAUGGCACACCAACAACUACAAGGAAAUCUACCAAACCUAACUAUAGAACUCCAGAGCGAGUACGCAGGCACAAAAAAGUAGGGAGACGCGAUUCACAAAGUAGCAAUGAAUUCUUGAAUAUUUCUGAUUCUAAGGAGAAUAUUGGUGUGGCUCUUACAGAUGGAAAAGAGCAAUGCCAUUUAUUGGCUACUGAUGAAAGCCUUCUUGACCUUUUUGGUGCCAAGCCAUUCCAUCCCCAAGACCUUGCCAGAAACUCUCAAUACCAUUGUCUAAGUGAUCGAGGAGACCACAAUCCUGUCGCUAACAGAUCCAGACCUAGUUCUGUACAUGGCACAUUUCAUGCUGGAGACGGGCUAAAAACUGAUGAUUUUGGUGCAGUGCCCUUUACUGAACUAGUUUUACACAGUGUUGCACCUCAACAUGGUGAUUUUGAUCCAUUUGGUGCAGCACCAUUUCCUUCCAAACAGUAGUCUUCCAAUAGAAAAGACUAUAUGCUUUGUUAAAACUAAUUUUCCACCACAAGGCCUUAUGAGCAGGGCUUCUUCCCCGUGCUACUCAAUACCUCUGAGCCAUUGCAGAGGGGGGAGCUCCCAGCUUACACUUAUUCUCAAAAAUAAUCUGUGGAAAUAGACUGUGUGCAAUCCAUUCCAUUCCCGCUUUCAUAUUUUAAGGGAUUUAUAACUUCCUACUGUAAUUCCUAAUUUUAUCUUGGAAAAACAGUGUGAAAAUCAAUAAUGUGAGCUUGCAGAACUAAAAAAACAGCUAGCAUUUGAAAUCACCAAGCAGAAGAAUCAGACCUGAUUAUAGACUCUGCAGUUUGCUUUUUCUGAGGCAGAUUCAAUGAUUUCCUCUGCAGAAUAAUCCUCAGGCUAGCAAAGUAUCAUGCCACAUGUUUUGCAGUUUGUAACGUGAUCAUAAUAUGCAGCCAGUUAAGCCAAACAACUAUAUGCUUAAAACUGGAGUUUUAAUACCCCUGUAAUAAGUCUGUCAUAUUUUAAUGCUUGCAUUCAGCCAAGUUGCUUUUGUGUGAAUGGAACUCAGACAUCUAGUAGAUAGUCUUUGUAUUGCUGCGAUACAGUUAAAGUGCACUUUUCAGACUUGGAGACUUGAAAAUGAGCAAGUCUCUUUUUUUGUAUUAAUAGUUUAAAAUUUGUUACAACUAUCAUUUACAUUUAGUGGUUUUCUUUCCACUAUGUAAUACAUGGGGAGCUUUGCUCAUUUUACGUUUUUUUUGCAACUGUAUUGUUAAAUGAGUAUUUAACAGUUGAAGGGAUUGGAUUGCCACACUCCCUUUAUUCAUUGAUACCUGCAAUAAAUUCCACUUGAAAUUAUGGUUACAA